AUGGAUCCUGCAAGCUUCGGACUUGCGGUCUUCAGUGCUUUGGAUCUGUGCAUUAAAUAUGGGACCGAGCUCAUCAAGAUAUGCCGAGAAUAUCGAAGAUUCGAGGAGGAAAUAGACGAGAUUGUACUCGUGGUGGAAGGGUUAUGGGUGAAGACUGAAGUCCAGCUCGAUUCUCUUAGAGUCCUUUGGAACACACUCCAUAAAACCCUUCAGUCACAUUACUUCGACGCCUUACAAAGACUUGAAAGAAAGACUUUGGCCGCUGUUCAGACUAUCCAGCACGUCAAGGAGUUGGCCGCACCGGAUGCCAGUUCACUUCGGAAAGUCAAGGCAAUAUAUAUCAAGAGACAUCUCAAGGAAGCCGUUGCGGAUUUAGAAGAUUGGCAAAGACGAUUCGAUCCAUCGUGGUACCUGAUUACACGCAUCGCUAGCCCUGUCAUCGACAAGCAACUCAGAGAUGGCCUUCCAGGUAACAAUUCUUCCACAAUCCGACUCAAACGGAUAAGGGAGGCGAUUAAGGAGGUCUCGUCAAUUGGGAGCUCCCAUGCUGGCUCAGUAUUCAUGAACACGUCCCAUAUAGUAGGAUCCGCACACGAAAUCCCCGGGACUAACACUACCAUCGCGAGUUACGGUAAUGUUGCACGUACGGUGUUACUGGACCGUACAGACUAUGGUCCUCUCACUGAAGCAAUGACAGCCAAGACAUAUGUUCGCGACGUGGCAAGGCUUUUGUUGAACGUGGAACCGAUGACAUUUGGUCUCUUGAAAUGCGAGGGCGUGAUCGAACUACCUGACGAAAAUAAUAAAAGUCAAUUCCAGUUCAUCCUCGAAGUACCAAAGGGGCUAUCAUCACCAAGAACGCUCCGGAGUAUCUUGGCAGAAGCUCCUCGGUGUUCUCUCAGCCAUCGUAUCCAGCUAGCCAAGCAGUUGGCUCGCUCAGUCAUGUUCGUUCAUACAUCAGGGUUUGUCCACAAGAACAUCCGCCCGGAGACCAUUCUGGUGUUCGCAGACGGAUCGAACCGCCUCGGUCCAUCGUUCCUCAGUGGCUUUGAGAGGAUCCGACCAUCCGGGGCAGCAACAGAGAAGUCAGGUGAUUUGGUGUGGCAAAAGAACUUUUAUCGGCAUCCGACGCGACAAGGCCUCUGGCCCGAAGAUUAUUAUAACAUGCAGCAUGAUAUUUACAGUCUCGGGGUGUGCUUACUGGAGCUUGCACUGUGGUGGUCCUUCGUACAGUACGAUGGUGAUACUGCCAUUCCAUGUUCCGAACUUGACAUAACGGCCGCUAUUUCCGAUAAGGACCCGCGUCGAGGUGCAUUUGCCAUCAAGAAAAAACUGGUGGCUAUGGCCGAACACCGCCUUCCCAGCUCGAUGGGUGACAGAUACACUGAUUUGACAGUGGCUUGUUUAACCUGCCUCGACAAUGGGGAAAGCAAUACUUUCGGCUACGAUGUGAAGGACGAGGAUGGUAUUGUUGUUGGCGUUCGAUAUAUCGAAAAGGUGGUUCCGGUGUGUUAUCUCCGCGGAUUUCGGCUGAUGAAUUCCCAGGUUUUACUGCAAAUAGAAGAGAUUUGCAUAUGA